UGCUGAUGGCACGUACGAGGUUUCUUUCAAAUGCAAUGUUGUCAUCGAGCAUAACGGACAAAUGCUUUGGGUUCCGCCGGCAAUUUAUAAAAGCUCGUGUAUUAUUGAUGUCGAGUAUUUCCCAUUCGACGAACAGAUCUGUCAUCUCAUUUUUGGAUCGUGGACGUACAACAAAAACGAGGUGAUUCUCGAGUUCGGAAAAGCUGAAUAUGUCGAUUUGUCAGAAUAUUCUGUGUCUUCGAUUUGGGAUAUCAUGGAUGCGCCGGCUUUUCUUGUUGAUCAAAGGAGUCGAGUCGAGUUCGAGAUAAAGAUACGUCGUAAAACCCUUUUCUACACGGUCGUCCUCAUCAUUCCGACGGUUUUGAUGGCUUUUCUCUCGAUGGCCGUUUUCUUUUUGCCGACUGAUUCCGGCGAAAAAAUCACCCUGACGAUCUCCGUCCUUCUCUCGAUUGUCGUCUUUUUGUUGUUGGUGUCGAAAAUUCUCCCGCCCACAUCGAGCACGAUCCCGUUGAUGGCAAAAUAUCUUCUUCUGACAUUCGUCUUAAACGUGAUCACAAUUCUCGUCACUGUCAUCAUCAUAAAUGUGUAUUUUCGUGGCCCGAUCACGCACCGGAUGCCCGCAUGGGUUAGACGAUUGUUUUUGGAGAUUAUGCCUCACAUUUUGUGCAUGAGCCGCCCAAAAACGUUAAAAAAAAGAGCAAAUGCGAAAUUAGUCAACACGUUGAGAGCACUGGGAAUCGGCGAAUUUCCCGUCUCCUCCACGCCGCAUCAUCCGUUUUGCCCGAGUGCUGAUUCAAGAACGAAAAUCCUUGGCAUGAACGCUUUAAUGGACCCGAUGAGCGCCACGAUGUGCCCGCUCACUCCAGAAGCAUCAAAGGCCCUCGAAGCGAUCGAGUAUAUCACGGAUCAUCUCAAAAAAGACGAGGAGUACAAAAUGGUUGGGUUUACUGUAGGGAAAACUGUGAAAUCG